AUGGCCGAGGUUAAGACUAUAGAGGGUGUUGAAGAUAGUGCUAAACCGGCUCCACAGGAAAAGGAAACAAAAUGUCCAGAUGCAGGAACUCAACCAACUGCUUUCUUCAAAGAAAACAUGUCUCCUACUAGAUUCGCAAUGAGAGAAUGGCUAAUGCCAUAUAUAAAUAACCAAUCACAACAAAUUGCAGACUGGCAGAAGAAGCAUAGAACUCCAAUAAGAGAUAUCUUCUUCAAAUAUACCUCCCUAUGUGGUUCCCAUACCUUUUAUGUUAUAGCUAUACCACUUCCUGCUUGGUUUGGCGCGUACGAUUUGUGUCGUGACAUGGUUUAUCUAUUAGGUUAUUCCAUCUAUGUAUCUGGAUUACUAAAAGAUUAUUGGUGUUUGCCAAGACCUGAAUCCCCACCUGUAGAAAAGUUAACUUUAAGUGCAUACACAACAAAAGAAUACGGUGCCCCAAGUUCUCAUACCGCCAAUGCCACAGCAGUGAGUUUGCUAUUUAUUCAAUUAAUAUGGCAAUCAGAAAUCUUAUCGCUACAAUCAAGAAUUGUGUUCACAACUAUAGUUAUUCUAUAUUUCUUAACCUUAGUAUUGGGAAGGAUUUACUGUGGUAUGCAUGGUAUAUUAGAUUUAAGCACAGGUGCGAUGUGUGGUUUAGCAACAUUUAUUGCAAGAUUGAUCGUAAAACCUCUCCUAACAGAAUAUGCUGUUAAGCAAUCUAUAUGGUAUCCAGUUGCAAGUAUUGGAAUUCCACUAUUUUUACUUUACACACACCCAAUUCCGAUCGAUGAAUGUCCAUGUUUUGAUGAUACUGUCUCUUUCUUAGGCGUCGUAUCAGGUAUUGAUAUGAGUGAUUGGAUAAUAAAACGAUACGGUAUGAAAUGGAUAGAUGCUACUGGAUCAAAAGAAAGCAACACCCCAAUCGGUAUAUUAACAAAGUUGAUAGUGGGUAUUGCAUGUGUAUCUAUCUGGUUAUACGUCGUCAGUAAGCCUUCAAUUAGAUUAUUUAAUUCAACUGUUGCGAAAUUUACAAAAUCAAAGCCUACAGAUUGUAUAGGUGUCCUAGGUAAAUAUUUCAGAUAUGCAGUAGUUCCAAUGACGGUUUGUCUAGUCUGUCCAAUUUUAUUUUCACAAUUGAUACCAAUUUGUAACAGUCUAGUGUUAUAA